UCUUAAAAAACCCUAAAGCACCAAUUCGACCUUAGCUUAAAUCCUUCGGUCAGCUCCAUUUCUCCAAACCUCCAACCUCCAACCUCCAGUCCACUAUCCACAGACGCUCUCCAAUCUCCAUUCCAGUUUCCAGUAUGAGAUAAGUUUCUUUGUCCACGAUUAACCAAGGCGACAAAUUGAGAAAAAUCUCCUUUUCUUUUGUUCCGUUGAGCUCAACUUCCUGAGAAUAUAUCUCUCUGUAUUUUUAUUCUAAAACAAGGGAAGAUUCGCUAUUGAUUAAAAAGAUAAUCAGUGAUGCUCAGCCAUUAGCCAACCAGGGCACAGGUUGUCAUGGUGACAGAGGACUAGUUAAAGUAUUCGAGCCCUAGCAAUUAGCAAAGAGAAGAUCUAAACCAGGGGAAGGAUGUCAAAGACUCUCAAAGUUCUCAUUGAGGACCUGCUUCUAUUAUCAGAGCCAAUAAGAGAAUCACUCUCCAAGGCAUGCUAUACUCCUCCAGAGGGUUCCAAUACCUCUGUCAAAUCCAUGCUAGUGUCCCUUCUACCUUAUAGCAACUCACUUUCCAACUCAGAACUCUCGGAAACUGAAAUACACAGCAAAAUAACGGAUUUUAGCUUAUGUUGUGCUGCAUUGGCUUCUACCUCAGAAUCCACUCACAAUCAGCUCUCUUGGGUUCCCAAUUUGCUAUCUAUAGCUGCGGCCUCUGCCUUCAAAGACCUAUCUAUAGCUUACGCUAGAAAAGUUGGUGGGAAUGAGUUAAUGAAAAUUGGCGAGCUGGAUGGGGAUUUGAAGUCUCUGCCAAAUGAGAAGAAGUUGGCCAUACAGUUAAUGCCUCAACUGUUGCCUUUGCUAAAAGACAAGAUUAAGGAGAGCACGAUAGAUAAAUCAAUUGAUGGUGAUGAGAUAUCAGCUGCAAGCGCUAGAGUUCCAGUGGCAUACGCCAUUGUUGCAGCUUAUCAGUUUAGAUGGUUCAUUUCUCAGGUGGAUUAUCCUCACCUAGGAAAAGUGUGCUCUUUGGUGAUUCCAUGUGCCUUAACAGCUCUUGAUCACUGGUCAUCUGAAGUAAAGGGACAGGGCAUGGUUAGCUUAAUACAUCUGGCAAAAAAUGUCAAUGCUGCUGAGAUUGGUUGCUAUGAAGAUGUAAUUCUUGAUGCUUGUUGCCAAAAUAUUGCUUCCGAUGAUGACAUAUGGGAGCGUGUGGUUCAAAUGUCUGUACUUAUGGUGACUUUCACCCAGAAAAGUAAUCCUCGAAGCAUAUGUUUAAUAAAAGACUUCACCUAUCAAAAAAAAACUUGGAUGGAGGGACUACGCGAGUCGAAAUGGAAAAUUGUAAAUCCUGAUAUUUUGUAUGAAAAAAUGUUGAAUGAGAUGUUGAGCCACUUGGAAAGGCAACCAAGAAACAAGGAGCGUCGUAUUGCAUGGCUACAGCAUAUUGAGCCACUGUUCAAUGGUCUUGGUCUUGUGCUGCUAGCUCAUUUCAGGCGUCUUUUUCCCCUUUUCUUCAAGUGGAUGCAUGCGGAUGAUGACAGAACUGUUCUACUGGUUCUAGAACGGAUCAAAACAGUUGUAAAGUUGACAUGGAUAAGGAAUUCGCCACACAUUGAAAGAUUGGUGGAUGAGCUUGUUAGUCUAUACAAGGAGGCAGCACUGAAAAUUGCUCGUGACGAAAUCAGAAAACUUGUUCUUCAGACUAUAAUUUUGAUGCAUCAAUCCAAGGGCUCGCAGUUCAAAGCUGCUUGGGACAAGCACAAGGAUGAUCCUGACUUGACAGUUUUCCAUCAUUCCUUUAGUGAACAACAGCUUGCAAUGGGAGCUGUUAAUGGUUAGUUGGCUUGCUGGACUUGAAUACAUACUUGGCCUUUUGAGUUGCUGAGGAGACAUUUUGGAGAAGUAUACAUUUAGUUCUUGCAUCAGUUUCGUGCUCUACAUAACUUGUUACUACUCCCCCGUUAUCUCUUCAUUCCGACAUAGAGUGGAGGGAAAUGGAGAAUUGUUUUUCACUUCACAAAUGGGUAGAAACAAUUGUCUGUUGGGGGUCACAAUUGCCAUUCUAUGCAUUUACAGGUCGUUCAAUGAAGAGCUUGUUAUGCUUUUCAACUAAGUGAUUGGCAUCCAUGUAAAUAGUUAGUUGUCUAUGGGCGCAUAUUUUCAUGUUUAGUUGUCUAUCGGCACAUACUUUCAAGUUUUAGUUAUGUAGUCACAAUUCAGUAAUCCAUAUUGAGAUGUAGUUAUUGUGAUUUUUCAUGUACUUUAAGCUUAUUUUGCUGUAAUGUACAGUAAAUAUUCUAUCUUGUCAUGCAAUUUCAAUUAUGGCUAUCAUGCAGUUCAAUUA